UCUGAAAACCCCUACUACAGCCUCCUCCUCCUCCUCCGCCUGAAUUUUUAUUUUUGCCCCCUUCUUUCGAAAACAAGCACCCCGCUCACAGGAGAGAAGAUCCAAAGAAAUGGAGGUCGAUCUUAACGCACCGGCGAAGACAAAACGAACGGCCCACGAGCUCCUUGAGGACACGCGUACGGCGAUGGAGGAGAUCGCCGCCAAGAUGCUCUUCAUGAAGAAGGAAGCCCGGCCCAAAUCCGACCUCAAGGAACUCAUCACCAACACGUCCCUCCUCUUUAUCGCCCUUCGUCAGGUGAAUCGUGCGAUAUUGCUGGAGGAGGAUCGAGUGAAAGCGGAGACAGAGAGCGCGAAGGCACCGGUGGAUUUUACGACGUUGCAGCUUCAUAAUUUGACAUAUGAGAAGAAUCAUUAUAUGAAGGCGAUUAAAGCUUGUAAGGAUUUUAAAUCCAAGUAUCCUGAUAUUGAGCUGGUGCCAGAGAAAGAGUUCUUUGCCAGUGCGCCUGAAGACAUAAAGGGGAAAGCACUGGCUACCGAUUCUGCGCAUGAUUUGAUGCUGAAGAGGCUCACUUUUGAGCUAUUUCAGCGAAAAGAACUCUGCAAACUUCGUGAGAAACUGGAGCAACAUAAAAAUGGUCUCAUGGAAACCAUAGCAAACCGGAAGAAGUUCCUCUCAAGUCUCCCAUCACACUUGAAAUCUUUGAAGAAAGCUUCCUUGCCUGUGCAGCAGCAGCUCGGAAUUAUGCACACGAAGAAAUUGAAGCAGCAAACUGCAGCAGAGUUGCUUCCACCACCACUCUAUAUAGUUUACUCACAGUUAUUGGCUCAGAAAGAAGCAUUUGGGGAGAGAAUAGAAUUGGAGGUUGUUGGAAGUAUAAAGGAUGCUCAAACUUUUGCCCAGCAGCAAGCAAAUAAAGACAUUGGUACCAUGAACAAUACAGAAACCAGCAGGUUGGAAGAUGAUGCACCUGAUGAUGAUGAAGAUGGGCAGAGGAGAAGAAAAAGGCCCAAGAAGAGCGUGGUUAAGGAGAAUGCUGAUCGAUCAGGAACUUACCAAUUACAUCCGCUUAAAGUCAUUCUCUUUAUAUAUGAUGAUGAGGAUACUGAGGCUAAACCUUCAAAGCUAAUCACCCUAAGGUUUGAAUAUUUGGUAAAAUUAAAUGUUAUAUGUGUUGCAAUUGAAGAUACAGAGGAAGGACCUGACAAUAAUAUCUUGUGCAACCUAUUCCCUGGCGACACUGGCAUGGAGCUACCUCAUCAGACAGCAAAGCUUUAUGCUGGAGAUGCUGCUUAUCUUAAUGAAAAGAAUACGUCUCGACCAUUCAAGUGGGCACAACAUUUGGGUGGGAUUGAUUUUUUGCAGGAGUUGCCUCCUCUGCAUGAAACUCCAAACGCUGUAGUACCAAAAGGCGGUGCUGUUCAUUCUGGACUUUCCCUUUAUCGUCAUCAAAAUCGAGUACAGACUGUUGUGCAAAGGAUCCGUUCUAGGAAAAAGGCUCAGAUGGCUCUUGUGGAGCAGCUUGACUCAUUGGAAAAACUCAAACUGCCGGCACUGAUGGAUGAGAAUGUUCCGUGGGCCUCCCACAACCCUUCAUGUACUUUGCAACACUGGUCAGAAGCAGGGCUAAUUCUUAACUCUUCUUCUGUUUCCAAGGAGCAAGUUACAAGUUCUGUUACAUAUGAUCGAGACAGGAGUUCUUUGACUCCUUGGGAAGAAACCGAGGGUGCAAGGGAAGAUGGAGAGCUUCCAGUUGCACCCCGGGCACUAACCUCAUCAGAGGAUCCUAAAAAGACCAACUUGAACGGUUUUUCGGAGUUUGAACAUUCUAGAGGCUUGGCAUUGAUUACAAAAAGCAUAACACCUACCAAAAAGGUUAAAUCAAGUUUAGGCAAGAAUGAUGAUGAUCCAGAACUUAUGGUGGAUAGCGAGAGUGACAAAGAGGAUCAAACAUCCUUGGAUAUAGAAAUGGAAGAUGCAAGCAUCGGUUUUGAAGACCCAUGGGAAGACCAUGCUACAAGAGAGUUCCAUAUGGUACUUAGUAGAAAAGACAGAUAUGAGCGUAUUAUAAAAUUGGAAGCAAAGAUCAAGAUCAGCAUGGAGUAUCCCCUCAGGCCACCCCUGUUUAGUUUAAGCAUGACCACUGAUGGAUCUCUUGGCUCUGCUGAAUGGUUCAAUGAGCUUCGUGCUAUGGAAUCAGAGGUAAAUCUUCAUAUCCUCAAGGUUCUCCCAUGGGAAUGUGAGAACUACAUCUUAGCUCACCAAGUGCAUUGCUUAGCUAUGCUUUUUGAUUUUCAUUUUGGUACACAAAGUGAUAAAAGAACAAGCAGCUCGGUUAUUGAUGUUGGAUUAUGCAAGCCUGUUAGUGGAUCCUUGCUUGCGAGAUCUGUCAGGGGGAGGGAUCGGAGAAAGAUGCUCUCUUGGAAGAGCAUGGGAUGCACUCAAGGUUACCCUUGUUAAAUCCAUCAGAGGAAAACCUAAGUUAUCAGGCUAUGCCUUUUCAGAUAGCAGCGGUUUAAGCCGGGAAGAUCCUUUUCCAAUGAAACAGCUUCCUAGUUUUGAAAAAUGAGAAAAGGCCAUCCAGUGUCAACAAUCUUUCCUUAUAACUCAGGGACAUUAAUGUUCGACAAAUUGUUGAUGAAAUAUCUGCUAAAUCAUGCUAUCUGUUUUAUUUGUCAGAGCCAUCAAGAGUUGCAACCUGGAAAGGAUCCGUUCAGUACAUCUCGUGCUCUGUUUGUGCUAUAUGCCGGUUUAUUUCUGCAUUCAUUUGAUCGAAGUACGUAUAGAAGAGUCUGAUUGUGUAGAAAUCUUAUCUGUGAAGUGCAAGGCUGGAUCUCACUUAAGGAUGUUCCAAGCUUAGACACUGUCAAUGUGCGUUGAUGCUUAUAACUGAUCACAAAUCUUUCGACUAAAGAGCAGCUUUAGCUGCAAUAGUUUUAGCAACUUUAUCUCCA